AUGUCACUUUCAAAACUUCAAUCAUUUCCGAACGAAAUAUUAAUGGAUAUUAUUGAAAAAUAUAUUGAUGGAGUAGAUCUACUAAGAGCUUUUGGUUUUCAACUCAAUCAACGUUUCAAUGCACUCAUUACUCAAUGUCAACGAUUUCGUUUUGAUUUUAUUCAAUGUCAAAAAGAUGAUUUUCAUUUUUGCAUCGAUCUUUUAUCAGCUUAUGUCGAUAAAAUAGAAGAAUUAGCCAUAUCAGAACAAGAUACACCUGGUCAAGUUUAUGCUUUCCUUUCUGUUUAUCCAUCAUUUGAAUCAUUUAAAAAACUUCGAACACUUUAUUUUCAUUUUAAUGAUGACGAUGUCCAUUGGGAAAUUGUUAAAAAGGCUCUUAAUUCCUUAUUACAAACGAUUAUUGACACUUUAUCAAUAAAAGCAAUGAAGACAGACGAUAGACCUUCACUGGGAUAUGCUAUUAUCGAUCUUUUUCGCUUAAAAUCACUUAAUUAA